GGCAAGAGUUUUGGUAAGAAAGCCGACCUCAUUAGACAUCGGAGGAUGCACUCGGGGCAGAGUUUGUUUUCCUGUUUGGAGUGUGGGAAAUCCUUUGUACUGAGAUCACAACUCGUUAGACAUCGGCGACAACACACCGGAGAACGUCUCUACACCUGCCGAGAGUGCAAGAAGUCCUUCAAACAGAAGUCCGACCUUCUCAAGCACCUGAAAAUCCAUACGGGCGAGAGACCUUUUGUGUGUACGGUGUGCGGAAAAAGCUUUACAGCCAAAUAUAUACUUUUGGAGCACCAGCGCCUGCACACCGGCGAGAUGCCGUUUAGGUGUUCGGAUUGCGGGAAAGGUUUCGUACGGAAAGGAACUCUCAUCAUACACCAGCGGACUCACACGAGAGAGCGUCCGUUUUCGUGCCUGGAGUGCGGGAAAAGCUUCAAACAGAAAUUGUGUCUUUCCCGACAUCAGAAACUUCACGAGCUCGAGGAAUCUUUGUCGUGUUCGAACUGCGGGACGAGUUUUAAAACAAAGUACGAGCUUCACGUCCAUCAGAGGAUCGAGGCGGGCGAGGAGAUCUUCUCGUGCUCGGAAUGUGAGAAAUCCUUCUUGGCGAAAUCGGAUCUCCUGAUACACCAGAGAGUUCACACCGGCGAGAAGCCCUUUUCUUGUUUUGAGUGCGGCAGAAGCUUCUCGGUAAAGGGGAGCCUCAAUACGCACAUGAAGCUCCACACCGGCGAGAGGCCGUUUUCCUGCGACGAGUGCGGGAAAUGUUUCAUACAGAAACGAGAACUUCUUAGGCACCAGGGGACGCACGUGGCCGACCGCCCUUUCUGCUGCUCUGAGUGCGACAAGUCAUUCAAAACGCAGUCUGACCUCCUUCUACACCACAGGACUCACACCGGUCAGAUCUUUUCCUGCCUGGAGUGCGGAAAAAUAUUCCUAAAGAGAUCGAAACUUCUGAGGCACCAGAGAGGGCACUCCGGCGAGAAGCCCUUUUCGUGUUCUGAGUGUGGAAAAUGUUUCUCACAGAAAGGGAACCUCGACGCUCAUUUUAGAGUCCACACUGGCGAGAAGCCGUUCCCUUGCUCGGAGUGCGGCAAGUGUUUCAUAAAGAAAGGCGCUCUCGACCGACACCAGCAAACGCACACGGGGUUGCGGCCUUUUUCCUGUCUGGAGUGCGGAAAGUGCUUCACCCGGAAAUUCAACCUCGUCCAACACCAGAAGCUCCACGUAGACCAGAGUUCGUUUUCGUGUGCGGACUGCGGGAAAUGUUUCACAAGGAAAGACAAUCUGAUUCGGCAUCAGAGGAACCACAUGCAGUGA